UUGGUCUAUACUCUUAAAUAGGCCUACUCUUAAACAUACAAAAACAUUCUCAAUUUUGAUAACUUGUAAUGGCGACACCACCGUUAACGCCAAGAAUGCUGACUCCGACGACAAUGUCACCUCUCGGUAGUCCAAAGUCGAAGAAAUCAACGGCUCAGGUACGUCCUGAGAUCACGCUAGAGCAACCCUCUGGGAAAAACAAAACAACAGGUUCCAAAUCGACGAAACUCUUCCGUCGAGUCCGGUCUGUGUUUCGUUCACUCCCGAUCAUGUCACCGAUGUGUAAAUUCCCAGUAGGAGGAGGAAGGCUACACGAGAACCACGUCCACGGAGGGACACGUGUCACGGGGACGUUGUUUGGUUACCGCAAAACGCGUGUGAACUUAGCGGUUCAAGAGAACCCGCGUUCAAUGCCGAUUCUGUUGCUGGAGUUAGCGAUACCUACGGGGAAGCUGCUCCAAGAUCUUGGAGUCGGUUUGGUGAGGAUCGCGUUGGAGUGUGAGAAGAAACCGAGUGAGAAAACCAAAAUCAUUGACGAACCGAUUUGGGCUUUGUAUUGUAACGGUAAAAAAUCCGGUUAUGGUGUGAAGAGACAACCAACGGAAGAGGAUCUUGUCGUGAUGCAGAUGCUUCAUGCUGUGUCUAUGGGAGCUGGUGUGUUACCUGUGAGCAGUGGCGCUACGGAGCAAAGCGGCGGAGGAGGAGGAGGGCAGCAAGAAGGAGAUUUAACGUACAUGAGAGCACAUUUCGAGAGAGUGAUCGGUUCAAGAGACUCGGAGACGUAUUACAUGAUGAAUCCUGAUGGGAACAGUGGACCUGAGUUAAGUAUUUUUUUCGUUCGGGUUUAACUAAAACGACGUCAUUUACUAGGGGAAACAUGUAAACCACUCAACUUUAAUUUUUUUCUUUUUAAUACUAUAUGUCUCUCUUUUUUUGUUGAUUUUGUCUAUUUUGGUAUUCUUUUUUUCUUUUCUUAUUUGGUAAAUCACUCGGAAUGAUUUGUUGGUGAUGUACGUAUAUACAUGAAUAUAUAUACUACAUCUUCUGUGGCUGUAAACAUUGUGGAAAAUGCAAAUCGAUCUGUGUAGAUGAUAAAUGUAAGUUUGGGUAGCAUUGUA